AUGGGUGGGAAUCAUCCGCAGCUCGGCGACGCGUUGGCGAACGUGCGAGCGUUACAGGAGGCGUACGCGGCGCACCAACGCGAGCGUCUCGAUGGGCACGAGAGAACGGACGAUGAGGAGAGAAGACGGCGGAAGAAGCGAGAGAAGAAGAGCCGUCGGCGAGAGGAGAAGAAACGAAAGAGCGAAAAGCGACGGAAGCGACGACGGGAGGGCGAACGGGACGACGGACGCGCGCGCUCGGGAUCGGAGUCGGAGUCAUCAUCGAGGUCGGAUUGGGAAUCGGCGUCGGGGAAGACGCGCGCGCGAAGGGGUGCGCGGGAAAUCGUCGCCCGCGGACGGAACGCGUGCGAGGCGCUGCGACACUUGCUCGCGAAGUUCCCGAGCGAGCGCGAUGGAUUCAGGGAGUUACUGCGAACAGUGGACGGUGGGAAAGGAGUCGCAACUGCGGGCGUCGCAGACGCCACCGUGAGGCGGUACUUGGAAUACUUUUUUGACAACGCGAGUCUGCGAAGGUCGUCGCGCACGGGCGCGUGGACGCUCGACGAAGGCGACGUGAGCCUGAUGAGUCGAUUCGGUGGUGUUUUCGACGAAUCGAUAGAGAAUUUACGAGUGUUGGAGAACGCGCGCGAGCCGUGGCUUGGACCAGAUCCCGCGGUCGUUGAAGAAGAGAGGGCGAGGAAGGAGGAACGGGCGGCCAGACGAGCGGCGAGCGGCGGGCCGGAGACCGAGACGCGCGUUCUCACAGGGGACGAGGCGCACGCGUUUAUGGCGGCACGCGAGAGCGAUAGUGACGAUGGCGCGCGGGAGCCUACGCCCACGAUGAAUAUUGGACCCGCAGCGGGUCCGCCGCCGCAGGUGGACGCGGAGCGGCCGGCGCCAGCGCCGGCUAAACGUGUGCUCGGACCGAUGGUGCCGCCGAAGAGCAUGCUGGAAGCCGCGGCGGCUGAACUAGAAUUUGACUCUACGUUCGGCCCACCACCGCCAGAGCUUAUCGCCGAGCUCGAGAACAUCGCGGAUGAAUCGCGGGAGGCGUGCGCGCAGCGCAUCGUUCGCAUCAUGCGCCGCGGUGGAGACGCGUAUGAUAUCCUUGGCGUCACUCUGGAGGACACGUCGAGCGUCAUCAAGAAGAAGUACUGGAAGCUCUCUCUCAUGGUUCACCCGGAUAAAUGCUCGCACGAAGACGCGAAGAACGCGUUUGAUGCCAUAAAAAAGGCACACUCUGCCCUUUCGGACGAACAUGAGCGGGCGUUAAUCGACCAGAAACGUAACGCAGCGAACGAACGCGAGGAAUUCGAAGCCUGGCUCGCCGGCGAACGUGAAAAGGCAGCUUGGCGACGGAUGCAAGGCAAGCCACUGCCGGGCGACGAUGAGCUACUCGAUGGCGCGAAGAAAGAGGGCGAUACGCGAGAGGAGUGGAUGACUCAUCUCCCACCCGAGAAGCGGCCGAAUCAAGGGCCACCGACUGUCAGUGUGACGCACUUUUCCAAGUCAGAAAAAGUUGCUCGGACAGCCGAGAUGGAAGCCGCGUGGACGGACACCCCGCAGCAGGCUGCGGCUCGAGAAAAGCAGCUAUUCUUACAAGCGCAGGAACAACAAUAUGUUCUUCCUGCUGCUGUCGAGAAUCAAGAUCGAGCGAAACAGAUGGUGGAUGAAUACAACGCGACGUGUCGUACAAAGUCGUUGGUUGAAAUACACCAAGAGCGCCAGCGAGAGGAUUCCAAGGAAAAGAAAGCGAAAAAGGAGAAAAAAGAGAAAAAAGAUAAGAAUGAUAAGGGGCCAGGUGAUGGCACCAAUUGGGAGUAUCGCCCAUUCGAUCGCGAUACCGAUCUCAAACUCAAGAAGCCCGGUCAGUUGAAGCCUGAAGAAAUGCUGAAACGAGCCGGAGGUGGAUUGGGCGAUCGUUUCAGGAACUAG